CUGAAGCAGAAUUGCAAGAAAUUCAGGUUGAAGUAGAAGAUGUCGAAAAUAACUGCGUCCCACGUGAUCGUUUUAUAGAAUUCAUGUGCAAAGCAAAUAGUGAACAAAAGUAUAAGCCGGCUGACCCAGAAGAUCUUUUGAAAGCAUUUCAAGUAUUGGAUCCGGAUAACCGCGGUUACGUCAUGAGGGAUGAUUUAGAAAAAUCUCUUACAGAAAUGGGUGAGCCGUUUACCAAGGAGGAAAUCAAUGAAAUGAUGUCUGUUGCUUGCGACCCACAAACCAGUAAAAUUCACUAUGAACAUUACAUUAAUAUGCUAAUUGUGACUAAAAUAACUACAGAUAAAAAUGUUAAUAACAUUUAUGAAAAGGAAUAA